CUUCUGCGCAGCGUCCCGCCGCCACCACGCACCCACUCGCGGAUGCAGCAGCUCCUGCGCGGCGCCUCUCUCCUCCGUCUCUACGAGUGUAGCCGUGGGCUUCCAAGUGCAAACUACAGUUGCAGAAAGUUAGUGCUUACAAAACUAAACGUGAUGAGUGAGGGGAUUCGUGCUACGUAUUCACGCCGAGCAGCCUCUAAGAACAUUGAGAUCAAGAAAGAUGACCAGACAAUCACAGAGAAGGUUAGUCUUGUAUGCCCCUUUGUGCUGUCAUUGUCCGAAGAUGUCACUGAAAGCACGUUGGAGAUAGAGCGAAUCAGAGGUGAUCCUAGUAUGCUCCAAUCCAUGACAGUGAAAGAGCUCAGGGAACUCACAAGGAGGAUGGGCGUUUCGGGGAAAGGUAACAAGAAAGACUUGGUAUCAGCUCUGAUGGAUUCUCUAGGCCAGGAAGUAACUGAUAAAGAUGGAGCAUCAACAGUUGAGAAAGUUGGCCCAUCAGAAGUACCUUCAAAAAGAAAAGGUGCCGCUUCAGUAGUAGUUGAACAAAAUUUAGAAACUUCUGAAGUUAUUUCUGCAACUCCUAGCAAGAGAAGUAGAACAAAGCAGAAAUCAACCAAGGGCAUCACUCCGAAGGAGAAUUCUGUGACUACUGUCAAGCUAAAUAAGACAUCAAUCCAGAAGGAAACAGUUGUUGUUCACGGUACUGUGGAUGAUGCAGAGCCUUGGACUCUACUUGUGCACAAGAAGCCACGACCUGAGUGGAUUCCCUACAAUCCUAAGGUCAUGAGGCCUCCACCCCUUGGCAAGGAUACAAGGGCCGUAAAGAUUCUAUCAUGGAAUGUCAAUGGACUGAGAGCUUUGAUGAAAUCUAGGGGCUUCUCUGUUCAUGAGUUAGCACAGAGGGAGGAUUUCGAUAUACUAUGCCUGCAAGAGACGAAAAUGCAGGAGAAAGAUGUUGAAGUCAUUAAAGAAACUCUACUUGAAGGCUAUACCAAUAGUUUCUGGACAUGCAGUGUAUCGAAACUUGGCUAUUCGGGGACUGCCAUCAUUUCACGGGUGAAACCACUUUCUAUCAAGUAUGGGCUUGGUGUACCAGACCAUGAUACAGAAGGGAGGGUUGUGACAGUGGAAUUUGAUGAUUUUUACUUGCUAACCGCUUAUGUGCCGAAUUCCGGUGAUGGCCUAAAAAGACUGACUUACAGGGUCACAGAGUGGGAUCCAUGCCUUGGUAACUACAUGAAAGAAUUGGAAAAGUCGAAACCUGUCAUACUAACUGGUGAUCUUAACUGUGCUCAUCAGGAGAUUGAUAUACAUGAUCCUGCUGGAAAUAGUAGAAGUGCUGGCUUCACAAAAGAAGAAAGGAAAUCAUUCGAGACUAACUUCUUGUCCAAAGGGUUCGUUGAUACGUUUCGGAAACAGCAUCCCGAUGUUGUUGGAUAUAGCUACUGGGGAUAUAGGCACAACUGCCGCAAGACUAAUAGAGGUUGGCGCCUGGAUUACUUUCUCGUGUCAGAGUCCAUCGCAGAACGAGUCCAUGAUUCGUACAUCCUCCCGGACGUUUCGGCCAGCGACCACAGCCCUCUCGGCCUCAUACUGAAGCUCUAG